AUGUCUCCUGAUCCUACGUCUCAGCAGGUAGACGAGGAAACGCCUUUGCUUCAAUCAGAGGAAAAUGCGCCGAAGACAUCGCAAACACCACUACCAUGGCGCCAGUUCUCAAUGCUCCUAGUGUUGCAGAUUGCAGAGCCAAUGGCAGCGUCAGUUAUCUCGCCUUUUGCGCCUCAGCUUAUUCGUGACAUUGGGAUCACCCACGGAGAUGAAGCGCUCGUUUCGUUCUAUGUUGGGCUGCUGCACUCUCUGUUCUUUGCAACCGAAGCGCUCACCAUCUUCCACUGGAGCCGUCUCUCUGACUAUAUCGGUCGCAAACCUGUCCUGCUAAUCGGACUGUUCGGACUCUCCCUCUCUAUGUUCUGCUUUGGUCUGUCCAAGACAUUCUGGAGCUUGGUGAUAAGUCGUUGUCUGAAUGGCGCACUCAAUGGAAACAUAGGCGUUAUGAAAAGCAUGACUGCUGAAAUGACAGAUUCGACUAAUCUGGCCCGCGCGUGGGCAUUCAUCCCUCUUGCCUGGUCCAGCGGUACUACACUUGGGCCGCUCGUAGGCGGAGUACUUGCACGACCUGCGGAUAGGUUCCCUAAUAUCUUUGGGGGUUCUGAAUUUCUGAAGAAAUAUCCUUAUUUCUUGCCGUGCGCGGUCCCUGCCACUGUGUCAGCGUUAACAUGGAUCGUCGUUUUUCUUUACAUGAAGGAGACCGCAACUCCACAAAUAAACAUUAGCCAACUGCUACCUUGGAAAAAGCGCAAGACUGUUCCUUCACCUGCUCUAGAAUCUCCGCAGGUAUCAUCUUCAGUCGGUGAUAUGCCCGUCCCCAUUCGAGCUCUUUUCGUUCGUCGUGUAAUCAUCGCAACCGGGAGCUACGCUGGUGUUGCCCUUGUUGAUAUCGCAUUUCGCACUGUACAACCCGUGUUUUAUGCUACUCCCAUAUCGCUAGGCGGUCUGGGGUUCGAUACCCCAACCAUUGGAACUGUUCUGGCAGUCCAGGGGAUCUUGAAUGGGAUAACGCAGCCGUUGGUAUUCGCCAGGCUUCAUGAUGUCAUGGGUCCGAAAAAACUUUGGAUAUUCGCUGUGACUUGCUCCCUGCCUAUGAUCGCUCUCCUCCCGGCCUCGAAUACCCUGGCGAGAUCUAGUGGUGUUGUACAGAGUGUAUGGUGUUUGGUGGCCCUACAAGUCGCUCUUGGGAGUUGCAUGAACUUCGCAUAUGGCAUCUCGUUCAUGUAUAUCUCUGCGGCUUCCCCUAACCGAGCGUCUGUGGGCGCGACAAACGGGUUUGCACAAGUGAUCGUUUCUGUGAUGCGCGCUAUUGGACCGGCUGCAGCCAACUCCGCGUUCUCGAUAAGCAUCGAGAAACAUUAUCUUGGAGGGAAUCUGGUGUAUUGUGUAAUGGCAGGUAUGGUGUGCAUGGUGAUGGGCAUCGGCUUCUUGUUACCUCGCACCAUGUAGACUAACUAGCUUAGAUCAAAGAGGGUUUCAUUUGUUGGGUCGAUGCGAUUGUGAUAUUAGUUUCGAGCCAAAGUUCUGGGACCUCCUCGAUUCCGCUUCCCAGAACGCCUGGCUCGAGACCAUUGUAAUCGGUGACUUGUUAUCUGGUCCGAUUUGGGUGAAAACGUAGAAGAUGAGCUUUCUGUCCUGAACAUGGGCUCCCGCCCUGCGGUGCAUCGGAGUUACGGUCAAGCUACUUGCACCAACCUGGCAGGGCGUAGAGACAUCCACCCAAGGACCCUCACGAAGCAAACCACUGAUUAGGUCGUCGCUUCAUUACAGACUAGACUGUCAUAGACGACUGAAGAUAAUGUUUUAGGCGCGCUAAUACCCCUAAU